GCUUAUAGAGUGCGUGCGUGAUGGUGAGCAGACGGAUGAAGAAUUGGCAUUUGCCUGGCACUUCGGUUAUAGUUGGUGUUAGUCGAAUGGCUCGAAAUAUAUGGACGUAGAUAUCGCGUACAAGUUAUUUUAAUAUUAAAUCGAAUUGUGUGUAACACUCUUAAAUAUUCACAAUAAUGGCCGAAACCACUCAAGCACUCUUCAUAACAGCAAACGUCGGAUCUAUAUUUGAAGAACCGAAUGUAAUGCUGAAACUAUGGACAGAAGAAUUCCUCAGCACUGUGUCGCGGCUGGAACCCAAGUUCCUGGCUCUGCACUGUCAGGAGGUUGGCGGCAAGAACUACGAGCAGAGCAUGAAGCAUGUCGAGUACUUUGUCAGACUUCUUAUGACCAGCGAGGAACUGAGAUUGUUCGACAGAGUGCGAGUGUUUCUAGACGAAGAUUAUUCUUCCGCUGAAAACUUCACUGCUCUUGGAAAUUUUUAUUUCAUCCAUGAAUCUGUACCUGAUGUUCUUAUUUGGGAUUUUAAAGAACUAAACUUUGUGGCUGUGGAAGGCAAAGACGUCCACUCUGGCAACAUUGAGGAUGUUCCAACCAAAGAAAAAUCCAAAUUCCCUCAAGACUUCUUUCCUGAGUGUAAGUGGUCAAGAAAGGGGUUUCUGAGGACAAGGUGGAACCUUAACGGCACAGUGUUCGACCUUGUCAACAUACAUUUAUUUCACGACGCUUCAAACUUCGUUGCCAUGGAAACGUUUCCGUCCGUAUAUUCCAAGACUCGACAACGUGCACUCGAGUAUACGCUUGACAGGUUUCAUACAGACGAAUAUGGAUCUGCACCCUUUUUCUUAUUCGGUGACUUCAACUUUAGGACAGACACUCAAGCUGUUAUAAAGAAACUAGCAAAUGGUUUAAAUCCAGUAGAAGUUAACAGUGCGAAAAAUAAUGAAAUCAACAAACUACUUUACAGGGAUAAGGAGAGUCAGGUUAUCUUAACUCUGGGAAAGAAAGAAUUCAGUCAUUGUGAUCAUCAAAAUCUGUUUAUUGAAAACGCUGGUGAAUGGCUGAGAGAGUUUGACAAGGAGCUGGAAUACUUUUCGGGUCAGCUGUUUGAGUUCCCGAUCCACUUCCCACCCAGUUAUCCCUACGAAGAGGAUACCAGGGUGGGCCACCAGUACAUGCAGACCCGCUGUCCGGCGUGGUGUGACCGGGUGGUCCUCAGCGAGACAGCGCGCAUGCUGGUAUACAAGAUUGACGAAGAAGGCAGCAUAGAGUAUGGUUCCAUCGGAGAAAAUACGUGUAUGGGAGACCAUAAGCCCGUGUUCCUGCGUCUAAGCAUUGUGGGCGAGGCAGAGUCAAGGACCGACGUGUGGGAGCGGUCCAACAUAGUAGUGGAUGAACGCAUGUUGACAGAUGCAGCGUCCAUCACCAGAUAUAUUCAUUUUAAAGAUUCUGACGUACCAAAAGUAUUCAAAGAAACUACUGUGUAAACAUAUAAAAAUUCUUUUGGAUAUUUUCCGAGUUUUGGUAUGUAAUAUUGAGCUCCAAAAUACCCUGUAAACGAUUUGUUCAUGUGUUAUAUGUAAAUAUUGUGUAUUUUUUAUCUACUCAAUUUUAAUUUAAGUUGUAUUGUUUACCUUAGUCAGUUUUCGAACAUUCCAUUCACUAUAAAAAUCUAAUUAUAGAUGUGCAAAUAAAUGUGUGUGAAACAAAAGUUAAGUGUCUCAAACUUAUCUUUAAAUUGUUAGUAAAUACAAGCUACUUUAAUGUUAACACUAGUUCUUUCAUUUUUCUAAAACUAGUUUAUAUUAUAUUCUGUUUGUGUCCCUAGCAAUGGGAAAAAUAAGAAAUAUUCAACUGACUAUUUCAUUUAUAAAACAUUGUUAUGACAGCAGAAGUUGAUUGAAAGUAAAACUGAUAUUGUAAUACUGUAUAACAUUAGAAAUGUAAUUAUUAUCAAUUUUAAUUAUAUUUCUUAUUUUUUAGGCUUAAAUGUUUUAACGCUGUUAAAGUUAACUUACAUUUUCAGAAAUGUGCUGAAAAUUGAUGAACGACAAAGUUUAAUAGUGUAUUUCUUGUCAUAAUCCAAUUAAUUACUCAACAAAAGCAUAUUAUACCAAUAUUACAAAUGAAAAGAGAAUAAUUUUAAUGUUAUAUAGAUUUUUAGUUAUAAAUAUUCAGUAGGUUUCACUCAAACUUGUAAAAAGUAUAAUAUUUUAAAUAAUAUAUUUCAUAGUUCUUAAUCAAAAACAUUUACUAUGCCACCAAAGUUUGUUUACUUACCGUGGUGAUACUACUCAAAGAACUUAUUCUGUAACAAAUAAACGCUGUAGUAAAUAUUCUUGUAAAAAUAAAAGAUCUCUUUUAGAAAGAUAUUUAAUUUAUGAAACAAGGCAAAUAUGAAAACAAGAAUAUUAAACACUAAUCAGUAGUUAGAUUAUGAAUUGAAAAUCAAAUGUAAAAUGAAAAUUACUGUUAAGUUGACUGUAUGUGAGACACCUUACUACACCUGGCUUAAGAGUACUAUAUAGUAAAGAAUAUAUUAUUGCAAGCCUGGCUGUAUCGCACCAUGUGGGAGGAGGGAGAUACAAAGAUUAGAGAUAAAUUUUAGAGAUACAAUGUUGCAACAUUGUUAUAUCAGCUGAUCCUCAGUAUGAGGUGACGUGACAACGUCUCAAUUCGUUCCGGUUGUUUACAUCCAUUUUUCAUUUUAUUAUUCUGCAUGUUUUAUUUGAUUAUUAUUUUUGCUCGUUUUGUGUUACAGUGUAAAACGUGUUAGUUUAAAUUGUGAACGUAAAGGAUUCAGGUAGAUGGAUGAGAAAUAAAAAUGAGCAGUUACGAUCACUUGAUUGUUGAAUUCAAUCGAUUAUCCAAUCACUAGUUAUUCUUCCGUUACAACUGGAAACACUGUGCCACAACCCAGGUUUGCAUUGAUAUGUCUCGUACUAUAGUCAAGAUAUGUUUUUAUACCUGAAGUGAGGUGGAAUGUGUUUUUGUUUAGUAGUAUUUUAUGCAAAUAUUCUAUGGAUUGGAUAAGAAUUUUUUUAUUUAUUGAUACUGUUAUUAAUGUAAAUUCACAAGAUUUAAAACAUUAUACAAUUGGGUGUAAUUAAUGAUUUUAUACCAUAUUAUUAUUAACUAUAGUAUGAGGUCGAGACAUAUUACAAGCCCGGAUUGUUGCAAGUAAACUGUUUUCUGAUGCACUUCAGCCUGAGAUAUAUUAUUGAAGCUUUGCAUGAGUAUAUAAAAUUAGUUUUUUGCGAUAACAAUAAUAGUGAAAUUAUUACUUAAUAUCUCUUUAUGUUAUUAAUAAAUAAUAACGCCAAAUGGCCAGACUUGCAAUGAUAUGUCUCAUAGAGUAGCAGAACUAACCGUUUUGUAUGAUUAAAGAUCAAUAAUUUACUAUAGUUUUAUAACGACUCUCAGAGUUGUGUGUUAUGUAUUUGAUAAUUUUAAUCCCUUAAUUAGAGUAGCCCGCAUGAAAACGGUCUGAUUUUGAUUGGUCCACUUGAAUACCCUCUCUGUACCCCAUUGUCAAGUUUAGAUGUAUGGAAAAUUAUUGAUUCAUCUCAAAAUGUGUUGCAAUAAUGAAAAAUCAGCAGAUGCACACUAUUUCAUUCAUUUGUUAUGCAGACAAUAUGCAUCCUAAAUCAAGCAUAAUGUAUAUAACCACAACCAUGCCAUAGUAAGAACAUCCGGUGGUCAGUAGCAACAUAGCAACAUUACUUCAAAUGUCAUCAGAGUAUUUUCAUGUGGGUUACAAUAAUUUAUGUUUUAAUGCAGAGUUAAAGCAGAACCGCUUGUCAUCUAACAUUGUAAAUUAAGUAUUUCACAAAAGUUUAACGCAUUUAUGAAAAUUGUGAUUUUAUUAGUUUUUAUUGUAUAAAAAGCAUUAAAAGCCAUUCUAAAAUGCUGCAUGAUACAUUUGAUAAUUCUAUUGAAAAUACAGGUGGGUUAAACUCACUAUAUAAAUCAUACAAAGCUCAGAGCUCUAGAGCCGCAUGCCAUGUUGAGGUGUUGGUAAAGGCAUGGGUCUCUAGAGCCCCACAUGGGUAUGAAUGUGUUAACAAGUUGUUGAAACAUUAUUAUUCCAUCAAAGGUUGACUAUUGUAUAUUUUUUUAACUUCAAAGACAAAUUAAGUACUGUAUUUAAUAUUGAUAUUGACCAUAAUAUAUGGUAAUUUUUAUAAUAUUCAGUUUACAUAAACAUGUUUAUAUGUAAUACUUAAAGGUAUUUCAAUACAAUAUUUAUGUGUAACAGGGUAUUCAUCGUCGAACACCAAUUUUUUAUUAUACAUGUAAAGUUUUCUCACAUGAUUCUAUUUUAAGUAAUGGUAUUUCUCAGGGUAUUUCCCUUAAAUUUUGGUUUAUAGCAAUUGUUUAUUUUUUAUAGAUGAGGGAACACUUAUGAAACUCCUGCCUGUAUAAUGUAUAAGUACACCCAUUCUGUAUGAAUGAAUCUGUUUCGUAACUGACUUUCAGUUUAAAUUGAAAUUGUUGACUAAUUCUUUAAUAUAUUAAUAUUUUGGGAUAUUAAUAUUUUAUAAAAAUGCAAAUGUACAUAAAAAACUACUUUAUCAGUUCAUGUCUUUUUUCUUAUUGUGAGAAAUUGAUAUCAACCGCCCUUGGCCUCGCAUGAUUUGAGUGUCUGUAAUUGGACCUAAUGAUGUUUAAUAAAAUCAACAGCGCACACUUUACUAUUACAUUAUCAUUUAAUUCAAAUCUAAUACUUUAUAUGUAGUGUAACACCUGUCUGUCCGCUCUGCCACAAGUUUCACAAUUUGCUUCUUAAUGCUUACUUCUUCUGAGAUGUAGCUACAAAUCACAUAUCGAGUUGUUUUUUGUCAAAUGAACAUUGCUUACAUCACAUCAAUAUUGUAAAUAACAACAUUUUACAUAGCAUUACACUUUUGAGAUUAAAUAUACUAACACAGAAUAAACCUGCUGAAUUUAACAUGUGAGCACACUCACACUUAUCCAAGCACCCCGAAAACUAGCUGAUAAUUUAAAAACAUUUUGUCACAUCUUGAUGUAUCAUUUAUAUUAUAUAACAUAUCACAAACAUAAAAUGCUGUAUACAUUUACUAUUAUAUAAUUUAUUGUCUGAUAUUUUAGCAAAAUAAAAAAUAUAUCAUUUGUCAACAUUCUUUACAGUACAAAAUUGAAGGAUUGUAAACAUAAUUGGACAUAGUACACAUAUUAUUGCUUAGAUCAUGUAUAAUGUGUUUUUAGUGUAAUAAACAUUAGAAUACAGUUGCAAACUACAAAAUAUUCAAAAGUAUUUUAUCAAGUACAGAAAAAACUGGCCAAUUGAAACAAAAAAAAUAUUGUCUUGCAAAUUAACCUUAAAUCUGGCAGUAUUUUUCUGUAAUGACUAGUCUUAUUUUGUCGAAUUAAUUGAAGGUUUUUUGUCAAUUUUUUCCAAAAAAUAUGACCAAUCUAAUAGGUGUAUUGUUUUGUCCCAAAUGAAUUGUGAAUUAAUAUAAUAAAAUUUAGUUAAGGCAAACAGAAUAUGUAAACAAAAAAUAUAAACACUUGUAAAGAAUACAUUUAUGAAAUAAUAAUUCAAUUCAUAUACAUACACUUCUUUGAAAAUAGAAGGUAAACGUGAUUAAAAACAUCUAAUAUUGAAAAUAUAAAAAUUAUAAAAUAUCCAUUUCAUACCAGGCUUCAUGUCCUUUCUGAGAAAAAAUAAUGUUUGUUGUAUUAUGUACAGUCCAGUUCACCUAAACUUCGUAUACUAUGAAUGAAAAUCGAAAAAGGUACAUUAUUUUACAAAUUUGGUAGUGAGACUAUUUAUAUUAUUAUUCAUAUACUUACUCUAACAAUUAAUUAGGAUUAAAACAUAAUGUAACAUAUAUUAUAUAAACACAAUAUAAGCUUCAUACUGAUGGAUGUAAAUUUCAGAUACCAAUCCACACUUGCAUUUGUGUCUUUUCUGUCUGUAAUUACCUCAGUUUACAAGCAAUAAAGGCAAUUCAUUUCAACUGCUGAUGACAUCCUUGGUUGGCACAGAAUUAUAAUGGUAGAGAAUAAUGCUGAUACAUUGACAUCAUCAUACUAUAACCAAUGAAAAAGAAACAUACAUGUGUUGUGUUUCAAAGGGAAGAUUUCAGUACAGAACAUCCUAAUUUAUGUGUAAGCUCACUGCUUACAGUUUACUAUUGACAACACAUUGGCAACACCUACAACUAAUUACGAGUAUAUAAUCUACAACAGGUUAUUCUCUUCUGUGGGUGAAAAUCUGGAAAAAACUUCCAAACAUGGUGCCACAAAUGGGCAUUUUGGUGUGAAAAGUAUCACCGAGAAAAAUAUAGAACACCAACGAAAUGCUCAUUAAUUAGUUUCUUGCAUUGUUAGUCUUUGCGUUUAAGUGCGUAGUAGUGUAACAAUCCACAACUACAGUCAACUUUUUACAACUUUUCAUCCAUUUUACCUUUUUUACAAUGCUUUGACUGGUGAAAAGGGCAGACUCCAAUUCCUGAGAAGUAGCCUAUUUCUAUAUUUUUGUAGUAUUUUUGUUUGAUAAUGUCUAAAACUAGUUUUAAUGAUUUAUUAAACACAUGUUUAUUACAAUUGUUUGAGAUUUAACGUUGGUCUUAUGGGAUAAAUUCAAGAUCGUUUAACUGUAGCUGGCUUUAAACCAAUUACUGACCUUGACAAAGAACACACUCAUGCAUACAUGAUAUAAAAUUCAGUACCUCCAUUUCUAUGAUUCAUUUAGAAGAUGAGCUGUCAACUAAAUCAGAAUGCUAAAAUGUGCCACUUUACCUCAGGGGAUUGCCUUAAUACAUCUGUUCUCAUAUUAUAGAUCCUACCAUUACAACAGUAAACACAAAACAGAAGAAAAUAACACAAAAUAGAAUCUUCCGAAUCUUUUAAAUUUGAGGCCAAAUUUAAAAUGUGCAUAUAAGAUAAAAUAAAGGUUAGAUUGAAACAUAAAAUAAUUAAGUUUAAUCUUUUAAUCACCAACACUACUUCUCAACCUUAAAUCUGAACAGUUUUCGCUUCGUAGCAGUUCAAGACCUUAAAGGUUGGUAAUUUCACCUUUUUUUACUCACUGUUCAUUUUGAGUAGUGUCCAUGUAUUGAGAUGCAAACAAGUUAGAAACAUACUUUGUUAUUUGAGCAUAUGUGAUGUUAAUAGAGUAGGAAACCUGUGUGUAGAUCGUACUUGAUUAAGUCUAAUACUUGUAGUAUCUUCAUUCACAUAUAUCAUCCGUCUGACUAUCGUAAGCUUUAACUUAUAGUCCAUUUUUAAUUAUUUAACUGUAGUAUUAGGAAAAUUAUGCUGUCUAGUCCAAUCUCGAUGUUACGUUCGUAGAAUUUAGGAAAUUUGUUUACAUAAUCACAAAUUAACAUUUUUUCACUGAAUGUUUAUCUUAAUUUUGUGAGCUUCCAUUAAAGUAUUGCUAGUUAUUUUUAAGGUAAGGAAGACUCUAAUUCAUACUCAUUCAACAGGAUAUUUAAUAUAAGUAUUUUAGUAUUAUUUGCUCAAAGAUACAUUUUCAAAAGUAAAUCAACAUGUUUGUAGUUCAUAGUUUUUAUUUGUUUCUACCUUUAGAUAAUGUGUUGUGUAUUAUAAAUUGUACUUUUAAAUUACGUUUGUUUCUGAAAAAUAAUAUAUUUAUAUGGUUUCUCUUCAGGUUUUAGAAAUAUUUUUUUUUUAAUUUCAUGUUUGCUCUCUAAAGUUAAUAAAGAACUUUAUUCCAGCACUCAACAAUGCAAAAGUUCAUAAAGCAUACUUGCUUUUAUUAAUUUAAAUAUGUUCAUUAAAAACUAUACAUAUAAUUUUAUUUAGCAUUCAACUGAUAAAACAAUUUAGCAUUAUUAACUGUAGAUACAGGAAUAGUAAUUUGUUACGUUGCAGUAUUCUGUGUUGAGCAGUCCAGUUGUAGAUAUUAUACCUAGCUUACAUUGUGGUGUUUUAUUACCAAGUUAAGUUAUUGAGAACUUACACAUACCCUCCUGAUCUCAUUGCUAGUCAUAUAAUGUAUUAUUGUUAUUUUAUUGUUGAAUGUGACCCUUAUGUUUGUCAUUAUUGAUGUUUGUGCAAAAUAAAUUUUGUUUGCAUUUGU